AUGAAUCAAAGAGAGGAGAAAGAGACUGAGUUUUGCUUGACUGGCCAAUACUAUACGACCAAAGAGGGAGAUACUUGCGACUCUAUCUCCAAAGGUGCAGGUGUUUCUGGCGCCCUCCUAUACAUGGGCAAUCAGGAUCAUAUCCUUGAUUGUCGCGACAUUCUUGCAGACCAAAAGCUUUGUCUUCCAACAACAUGCGACACAUACUACGUGAAGCCAAACGAUACAUGCUAUAGCAUCGAGAAGGCUCUUGGGCUCCGUAUGGAACGUAUCACAAAGUACAAUUCAUGGAUCAACCGAGAUUGUACUAAUCUCCAAGAUGGCACGGACUUCUAUGGCAAAUCCAUUUGCGUUUCUCCUCUGGGCUCCAAGGCCACGAUCGAAGCCAUCUCAAAGCCAUCUACGGUCAAGCACAAGACGAGCAGUGGUAACGGACCAUCAGUCUUUCCUACUGAUCCACCCAAAGACGCAAAGGUGGCUGAAGGCACGACCACGAUGUGCGGAGAUUGGCAUGUUGUUGUAAAGGCAGAUACUUGCACUACUAUCUGCAAGGAAAACGGAAUUUGCGAAGAUGAGCUGAUGUUUGCCAUGAACCCUUCUUUGGAUAAGACGGAUUGCGACAAGAGUCUCGUCCUUGGUACAGCUUUGUGCGUUACCCCUAUCUCUGGAUGGGACUCUGCCAAAUAA